AUGACAAAUCCCGUGAAUGUCGAAUUCAUUUCGGACAAGCUCACCCAGUUUCUUCGCGAAGCUACAGACGUUUUUCUCCGCACGGAACUCGUCUCGCGUAUCACGCAGUGUGCCGAACGCUACGCACCAAGCAACGCAUGGUACAUUCAGACCAUGACGAAUGUAUUUGAGCUGGGUGGCGACCUCGUGCGCUCUGAGGUGGCACACAACCUGCUGCGUUUGAUCGCAGAAGGAAGUGGUGAAGAUGAAGAUCAGGAUAUGGAACUGCGCCGUGACGCGGUGGAUACGUACCUUGAAUUGUUGGAACGCCCCGUGCUGCCAGACAUAUUGGUCUGCACCAUGUCCUGGGUCCUUGGCGAGUAUGGCUACUUGUCGGACGCUAUGGAGCUAGAGGAGAUCUGUGAACGUCUCGUAGAGCUGGUUGAUCGUCCGUUCAGUCAAGAAGACACCACGCAUGGCUACGUACUGUCGGCCGUGACGAAGAUCACCGCUCGAAUGGGACAUACUAUCGAUGUUGCCGACGCUAUGAUGAAGAAGUACAAAAACAUCUUCCCCGAAGAUGCGAGUUGCGAAGAUAUUGAGGUCGAUCCCAACCUCUCUUUUCUUACGAGCUUUGUUGAGAAGGCUGUUGCUCAGGGAGCAUCACUUUAUGAUCCACCUGAGGACUCGGAUGAUGAUGACGAGAGCUACGGCCACCGUCGCAAUGGCGGCGAAUCGAACCGAUUGAAUUUUGAGGCGUACAAGAAGCCUGAAUUUCCGUACCCGACCAAGCUUCCACUCGCAGACCAGCAGGGGGCGUUUGGGGUUAACAAGUGGGGUAGCAACAACGUCCCGGGUGGUGCGCCCGGGCUCGGCAGUUCUGGUGGCGCAGAUCCUACCGGAGGCUUUGGUGCUGGAAAGCGAGGAGUUGUCAAGAACGUAUCACGACACGAGCGCCAGCUGAUGGUCAAUGCUGAUAGCAUCUAG